AUGAAGUUCACAACCACCACGAUCCUGACUACUACUAUACUAGCAGGCAGCUCUGUCGCUGCCCCUCGUAACGGGAUUGUUGACCGCCUCCAGGCCCGUAGCUCUCUGUUACGCCAGUCACUACACGCCGAAAAGAGGGGCGUUCUGCUCAAGGAAGGAACCGACGGAGUGAAUGUCCAAUACAGCAAGAACUGGGCUGGGGUGGUGCGCGAGAAGCCACCCGCCAGUGCUACCUACACCGCUGUGUCUGCGACAUUCACCGUCCCCGAGCCAACGGCCACCGAUGACUCUGGCGAUAUGCAGGCUGUAUCAGCCUGGGUCGGUAUUGAUGGUGACACUUACACCGAGGCCAUUCUACAAACUGGUAUCGAUGCCUAUACCCAGAAUGGUAAACAGACAUUUGACGCCUGGUACGAGUGGUAUCCAUUAAGUGCGGAGAAUUUUGACCUUGAAUUGUCCGCAGGCGACGUUGUCGUCACGAAGGUUGAGGCAAUCUCGCCCAGCAAGGGUGUUGCCAUCAUCGAGAACAAAUCGAGCGGUCAGAGUGUUACCAAGACUCUGUCUGCACCCUCGAGCUCCGCCACCCUUGCUGGCCAGAAUGCCGAAUGGAUAGUUGAGGACUUCAACGCCGGUGACAGCAUGGUUCCCUUGGUCAACUUUGGUAAAGUCGACUUUACCGGUGCCCUGGCCGAGGCUGGUGGCAGGGAGUAUGGUGUCAACAACGCUGCCGUUCUGGACAUCCAGCAGAAUGGCGAUUUGAAGGCCCAUGUGGAAAUCCAGAGUGACACUGAGUUCUCUGUUACCUACCAGUAA